UCUUGAACCAGUAACAAGACUGCAACUUUGCGAAGACGAUUGCUCGUUAUCCAGGUUUGCCGUACCAAUCGCGUUGUCCUUGUGAGUAGAGCAAGUGCCAAAAAUCCAAGAAAAUGUUACAAAUGCCGGUGAGAUUGCUCAGGAGGAAUGUGGCAACCCAAGUGAGGGCGCUGCACAGAGCCACGCCAGUCGCUGGAGGCCAUGGUCUAGUUGUUCAUCGAGACACAGCAGAAAACAAUCCGGACACCCCGUUUGAAUUCACCCCAGAGAAUCUCAAGAGAGUGGACGAGAUUGUAGCUAACUACCCAAAGGGGCACCAGUCAGCCGCAGUCAUCCCCGUCCUCGACCUGGCCCAGCGGCAACAUGGAUGGGUUCCCCUGUCCGCCAUGAACAAAGUGGCCGAAAUCUUGGGCAUGCCUCAGAUGAGGGUGUACGAAGUGGCCACAUUCUACACAAUGUUCAACAGGAGUCCCGUGGGAAAGUAUCACAUUCAGAUUUGCACCACGACGCCAUGCAUGCUCAGGGAUUCCGACUCCAUACUGAACGCAAUCACGGCGAAAUUAGGUAUCAAAGUUGGCGAGACCACUCCCGACAAAAUGUUCACACUGACUGAGGUGGAGUGUCUGGGAGCUUGUGUCAAUGCCCCCAUGGUCCAAAUCAAUGAUCAUUACUAUGAAGACUUGGAGGUCAAAGACAUCAACGAGAUCCUGGACGACCUGAAGGCGGGAAGGACACCCAAACCGGGACCCAGGAGUGGUCGGCAGACAUGUGAACCAUUCACUGGCCUGACGAGCCUGACUGAGCCCCCCACGGGCCCGGGGUUUGGGGUUCGGGAUGACCUCUAGUUGUCAACAACACUAGGUGUCCUGUGGUUACCAAGGUUACCUGUUUCUUGUAUCAUCCCCUCCCCUCUCCACCUCCCCCCCCCCCACCAACCUUCGGGUGAUUUGACUCCCAGGGGAAGUGCAAGAUGACCCGAUGUUGUCAACAACUUCUCAUAGGAGUCUUGAGUGGCACCGCUGCUUUAAGAUGCCGCUCGGUCUUCUUGAUGUCUGUCGAGAGAUGAAAACUGCAAGCUAAAGACCUAGAUCUGUAUCCGGUGUGGUUUGUAAAUAAGUAGCAGAAGAAGGCGGAGUGUAAAAAAAAAAAAAGCAGGUUAUUAGCGUUCCGUUAAUGGAGUUUUGCAAUACACAAAGGAAUUCUUGUCCAGGAGAACUCACUUCACCCAUCUUGUAGCCACUCACAGCUCACCUACACACUUACAGUUCCACUCUGAGGCGAUAGAAUUCAUGGAGAUACGGCCAGUUGCGUAAAGGAGCAGAAACGAGGCGUCAGUCCCAUAAUCAACUGGAAAACAUCCCAUCUGAGUGUAAAUUAUGGACAAAUUACAAGCCACUGGAUUUCUUGGUUCUGUUUGGGAUUGAGACAGGUUUAAAAGAAGAUGCAAUUUUUUGGUUCCAAAAUUGGGUGUUUUUUUAUUUACUCUUGUUAUGAAAGCACCGAUUUACUCUUGUUAUGAAAGCACCGCUUAAUUUUUUCAGUUAUUUAUUAAAGAUUGCAGUCAUUUUCUGAAAGUUUCGAAAUAAUUUCCCUUAAGUCUCCAAAAUGUGUGUCGAAAUUUGUAGCCUGCUGAAAAAAAUGCUUUCGUUACUGAUAUCUGGAAGUGCAGUUUUUGUCUUUAUGACGUCUGCUGCCAUUUUCCUUUGUCCAUUUCCCAAGAACCAAAGUAGCAAGACUGCAAGAGACAAGGAAACAAAGAAUUGGUGUCUUAUGUUGUCUGAAUAUUGUACAAUUCAAGCAUGUUGCAAUUGCUGUGAGUACAUUCUAGCUACAUGUACCUUUGAUACCUUCAGCCUCUUUGAAUUUUCCCCACCCUGCACCAGAAUGGAUUUUUCACAGUAUCCAGUCUGUUUAUCACGGUAUCCAGCAUUCCAUUUGCCACAAUGUCCGUAGAACAUUCAGGCACACCAGCCCAUUCCCACAAGAGAAUAGGUGGCAUUUUACAACAAACACACCCCUCCCCACGUUGACAACAAAAAAAUUGAAGUAAAGUGCUGUUCUGGGAAGAAUCAUAAUUAAAAGAGAGCACAGACUUGCCUGUUGAUUUUGUGUUAUACCGAGCGCCUACUUCUCAAGACAAGAUCAAACAAAGCUCUAAUGGGCACUUUUAAUAAACGGACCCUGGGCCAUUUACUUGUUUUAAAAGCUGCACAGUUCUUUUAUUGCAUUCAGGUCCCAUGGUGAUAAAUGCACACACCUACGGCCUAGAAUGCCCCAUCUGAAUGGUUUCAUCGGGGUCGAAUAAAUUUUAGGAGAAAAAUUCAGCAUGAUUAAAGCAAAUGGUGUGAUAGUUAGCAGAUUUACAUGUCAAGAGUUGGCAGUGAAAUGUUAGUCCUUUUUAAGUUGUCAGAGUGAAUUGGAUUUAAAUGGAGAUUAACUAUUUUAACUUCAUUUGUAUCAAAGGCGUUUUGCUCUUAAUGCCCCGUCUUCUGGAGUUUUUUGUUACAAGUCACCAUUUCAUGCAGCUCUGCGUGACCUUUCACAGUAUAGUAGUGUCCAUGUUAAGACCUUUUUGAUCGACCUAUUUCAAAUAUAUGAGGUGACCUUUGGCACUUCAAUCAAUCAAUGUAUGUACCGUAUUUCCCUUUAAAGCAGUGGUCUUAAUUUGUGCUCGAAAGUGGUGUAUAGUGGAUACUGGGGGACGACUUUCCUUGCCAUGGAAGGGGGGGGGGUCUGAUACCAUAUGACUCUGGGGGCAGUGUUCGAGGUACAGAUGUAAUCUAUAUUAAUGUGUUACACUCCUGCUAAACUGUCAUCAAAACGGCAUAUUUAUGGCUUUUAAAAAUGUUUCCAUUUUGAGUGAUAUUGAACGCAUCUCGAUUGUUGGGAAGUCUGAAGAAUUUUUCACAAUUCUCACUACGAAAAAGUGGGGGAGGGGUGAUUCAGUUGCCCAUCCCCCAGGUCAAAAGGAGGGAGGAAUAUCUCCCCCAUUCCCCAACUGGGAUUUACGCCCAUGCUUAAAAGUCCCGGUGUACGACAGUUUAUUCACAGCCGACUUGUUGAAGUUCCAGUUUUACAAUGAACUUACAUUUUGUACGUUGGCAAUACCCAUGAAGGUUGAUGUUGCAGAAGGAAAACCUGUUUUUGAGCGCCUGAUCUGCUUUCCGAGAUCGUGUUGGGAGCCCAGACUGUGAUGAAACACCAGAUGUCUGCUGAUCGUAUAUGCCCGCUGUGGGAAUAUUCACUGUGUACUGUCUACUUGGGGCACCUGUCUCUGUUUGAAGAGCCGUGAAAUUACAGCACAUCUCUGUGUAUCUAGGAUCGUUCACGAAACGCUUCCACUGAAAUUAUCUGGUCUUUUAUUUGUCCCAGGAGCAUAUUCUUGGAUUACAGUUUUUAUGUUGGAUUAUCGAUUGAGUUGUAAUAAAAGUAAGUUUUGACAAAAGCAGGCACUUUGAA